ACUAAUAAUCAGUUAUUUGCACUUUUGGCCGCUUUCACAUUACCUUUGGGGGUGCAAAGGUAAACGGAGGACGAUGAGCUCAGGGAAGGAAGAAGACGCCGGGCCGCGGCGCCGAUUGUCGUGCACCAAAUACUUUGACGCGCUCUGGUUUUGCUAUUCUCCAGUCCAUCAGAUGCAGCAAUACUAUCGGCUUGGUGCCCUUGACAAUUGUUCUGGAAAGUGGAGUGCACUUUAUGAUUGUUUGGCUCUCAAAACGAAAAGAGCUUCUGAAGUUGAGGAGAUUUUAUUGAGUCGUGAGAAAUCCGAGCAUCAUAUAUGGUCUUUCCGGUCCCCAACGGAAGCGAGAGCUCAUUGGCAAAAACUCUUUGGACAUUUGGAUGAUCAAGACUAGAAUUUCUCCUCUUAGAAUCUUCUCUAGAUUUUUCUACAUGGGUGGAUUCUUAGUUAAUUAUUUAUAAAAAUACCUUCUCCCAUUCAGUCAGAGGUGGGAAAUAGCGCAUGCUUCAUUGACCAGACUGAAUCCUGGGCUAGAAGGUUUAACAUCUAAACCUUCAUGUUUUCCCUGGUUUUCACUUAUAUAGCGUAACAAGAAUUGAUUUCAAGGAUGCUACUUUUCUUCCCAGAAGCAUAAGACACAAUUUCAUUGAAAACAAGAACAGCAUAAACAAACGAGUGCUGGACAUUGAUGCUGCAAAAUUGAGACAGACUGUUCAUCGAGUGUA